AUGGGGCGCGGGAAGAUCGAGAUUCGGAAGAUUGACAACGCGACGACGCGGCAAGUGACCUUCUCGAAGCGGCGCAAUGGGCUGCUGAAGAAGGCGUACGAGCUGGCGGUGCUGUGCGACGUGGAGAUCGGCGUCAUCAUCUUCUCCGCCACCGGCAAGCUCUUCCAAUACGCCAGCACCAACAUGGACGCCAUAGUGGAGCGGUACCGGCGGCUGGCACUGGAGAGCGGCAAGGACCACCGCCCGCCGUGGCAGCAGCAGAACCCCCCUCAGAGCACCGGCCUUGCCACGCCUCUGCAGCAUGGCCUGCAGCAGCGGCAGUGCAAAGAGCAGCAGGGCGAGCAGCAAGCGAAGAAGCUUCAGGUGCAGCAGGUGGAAGGCAAGGCGACGGCCAUGCCUCAAGGAGUGCUGGCACUCAAGGAGGCAGCAGAGCAACAGAAUGAGCCGCGCGACUUGGAGGUUUCAAGGCUGCGAGAUCAACACUCAAAGGCGCUUGCUUGCCUGGACACGUCAGCGGAGUCGUUUGGAGGGCUGGGAUUGGAUGAGAUGAGACGACUGGAGAAGCAACUAGAAGACAGCCUCUCUCAACUGCGGGAGAAAAAGGAGGAGCUGUUCCACCGAACCAUCUCCCAUCUCAAAUCGCGGCUGGAAAAUCAGAGCAAGGCUGAGGCGCGAGCAGGGGCGGAUGCAGGCGGCGAGGGGAUGGGGGGCACAGCAGGUGUGGGGGCGGCGAGUGCAGGGGAUGACGCCGAGCGUGGAGGCAGAUCGAGGGCGGGGGAGGGAGGGGAGUGUCCGGGGGUAGACAAGGAGGGACACCGUGGGGAGGCGGAUGGGCAGGGCAGUGGGGAUGGGGACCGGGUGGGGUGUGAGGAGGAUGAUGACGGGGGGGAUGAGCGGGGGGAUGGUUUGGAGGAUAGGGAUGGUGAUGAUUGCACUUACCCUGAUGCUGCUGCCCCUCAGGCUGCAGCAUUGCCGUGCACAGCCAUGGGGGUGGAUGAAGGGAUGGAAGGGGGGGUGGAUGAAGGGGUGGAUGAGUUGCAAGAUAGUGACUCCGAUGCCGACGAUGACGAUGACGCCAUUCACCAUGGCCUCCCAUUGCUCGGAUCCACCCGCCACACCCAUGCCGUGUCUGCCCAUCCAUGGCGCCAACCAUCCCACCCGCACAGCCAUGUGCAUGGCACCUCGCAUGCACGUGGCAGCGGGCGGUCAGCAUGUGUGCCGUUUAUGCUACCAGUGAAGGCUACUGCUGCUGCGGCUGCUGCUGCUGCGAGCGGAGUUUCAGCGCUGGCGGAGGCAGCUGGGGCGAUGGUGAAGCAGGAGGCGCUGGACGCGGCAGAGGCGCACGGCACGCUCCAUGCCGCGCCUCUUCCUCCCCCUGCUGCUCAACCACUGCACGCCACAGCAGCCCGCGUGGGGAUGGGCGCAGAUGAGCCAGAGGGCGCACUGAGAGGCGAUGCGGCAGCGGGUGCAGCAGCAGCAGCUGGUGGUGGCGCUGACACUGACGUUGCAGCAUGUGCAGCAGCAGGGGAGAGAGCAGCUAGGGAGGGUGCGUGUGAGGUCUUGCCUGCGGGGUUGUUGAGAGGCAGAGAGCCCACGCAUGGGGUUGGAGGCAACGGGGUGUCGAUAGUGGAGGCCUUGUUGCGAGGGAAGCGCGGUGCAGAUGACCAGCUGGUGCAAGAGAAAACGAAGCUGCUGAGAAGGUUCUGGAUAGAUCUGGAGGGGGGUGAGCAGGGGCAGGAGAAUGGGGAGCGUGAAGAGGGUGUGCAAUCCAGAGCGCAUGGAGGGGACAGUGGCGAGCGCGUGGAGAUGGGGUGGACGAGCAGCGCACCUGCUCAUGCGCGGGUGGGCUCCCAGGGUGCCGCGUGUGAUGCCGCUGCUGCUGAUGCACCAAUGCACGCGCUGCAGCAUGCACGCAGCAGCACUGGUGCUCCCAGGCCUGCUGGUUCUGCCAUGCCGCAUGCCACGCCACCCGAACCUGUUCCUGCUUGUGCUGGGCUCGAGCAAGAGCAAGAGGCGGUGAUGCAAGCGGGGGAGGGGAGAGAGGAGCGCGCAUGUGGAGGGCCGUCUGCUCAGCAGCUUGGUAGCAAGGGCGGCAAUGGAAGGGGUGGUGAGGUGCUUGGUGGGAUUGGAGGGUCACGCGAGCAGUGUCAACAAGCAGUGUGGCAGCAGGAGGAGUCGAGGUAUGGUGCUGCAGUGGAGAGCAGAGUGCAACAAGGCGGGCCGAUGCAGCUGGGCAGCUUCUCUCUGCCGCCUGCUGCCAGCGCCCCUGCAGCCCACACAGCGGCCGCUGGGCCCCCUGCAGUGAACAAUGUGUUCCCAGCAGUGCCCAGUGCGUUUCCUGUGAUUGGAAGUGGCCCACAGCAGCACAGGGGGCUGCCUCAAACGGAUCUGAACAUCGGGCUCUACGGCGCUUUUGAUGAUGAUGGGCUCACACCAUAUGAAGGGCCCUACUAG